AUGCCCACUAACAAGCACUUGAAAAGCAUUGUCUUCUGCGCCGCCGCGAAAGUAGAAGCAGACAUACGCACCUACCCCACACGCUUCCACGACAUCGAAGAAGUCAAAGAGUACAUCAACACUACCUGCAAGCAGUCUGGGAACCAGUACAUCACCACCAAGCAGUUCUUGACGAAGCAGGAGCUGGCAUACAUCAAGGACAAGGUAUGCUUUGUUGUAGCCUGCAAGGCUUUCAAGCAGGGAGAGUUCUACCUGGAGGUCGGAUUGGUAGAUCGGCCGGCUUUGAGAGCGGCCGUCGAAGCAGACAUUGGACGCCUCCUUCCUCUCGUACCUUAUUGGCCCCACUUCUCCGGUGUGGACGAUGCUCUUGUACACGUUGACAGUGUUGCACGUUGGAAAGGCUUCGCAUACACAGAGUUCAAAGGGGUUGAGAAGGACAAGUUUCGGCGUUACGUAAACUUCAAUACUGUGAGACAUGCUUUUGAAGAUGGUCGCUUUGAGAUGGAUGUCCCCGGUGAGGAUUGGCGGUGCCGAAAGCCCAAGGGGUCAAAAGCGCCUGGGAUGAAGUUGACUACGAUGAACCGAGCUAUCGAGAGCGACAUUAAAGAGCUCUUCACCCGCAUCCCCACAUGGCUACCAACGUUCUCUUCCCUCAACGCGGCCCGGGACUACGUUGCCGGUUACUCGCGCUGCAUCCACUUCUCAUACACAUACUGGCCUGACAUCGAACCAUUUCGCUUCCGGAAGAUCGUCAACUUCAGCACGGCAAAGCUGGCGUUUAAGCGGGGAAAGUUUAAGAUCUGGGAAGGAUAUGAGGAAGAAGAGCAGUCUGAUGAUACGGAUGAGACUGCCGUCGAGAGCACUGAAGUCAAGAAGACAGAGAGGGACGUUUCUACACUGGCGUAUCGGAUCCGUUCCACCGAGUCUACUGUGACCCCGCCUGUCGAGACACCCGUCUUUUCUACUGCCACCGCCUUCGGAGACGCUAUCGACUCCAUCAACACGGCGAUUGCGGAUACUACUGCUAACGAUGUGCCAGACUUGCUGCUAGAGGAGAUUCCUGGGUGUGUGGGCAUUGUACAAGAAGAUCAGGAGCCCGACAUACCAACCCAGGUGGCUACGGUGCCGCUUUUGGUUGAGAUUGACGAGGACCCGUUCAAAGAUUUGAUCGCUGUCUUGAAGCGUGAGAGUGUUCUCAAAGCGGCUUUCGAGUGA